CUGCUCCUCCACCUGCUCCACCCUCAACCCGUCAGAACCAUGGGCUGCUGUGGCUGCUCUGGAGGCUGUGGCUCCGGCUGUGGAGGCUGUGGCUCCGGCUGUGGGGGCUGUGGCUCUGGCUGCGGGGGCUGUGGCUCCAGCUGCUGUGUGCCCGUCUGCUGUUGCAAGCCCGUGUGCUGCUGUGUGCCAGCCUGUUCCUGCUCCAGCUGUGGCUCCUGUGGGGGUUCCAAGGGGGGCUGUGGCUCUUGUGGGGGCUCCAAGGGGGGCUGUGGCUCCUGUGGAGGAUCCAAGGGAGGCUGUGGCUCUUGUGGGGGCUCCAAGGGGUGCUGUGGCUCCUGUGGAGGAUCCAAGGGGGGCUAUAGCUCUUGUGGGGGCUCCAAGGGGGGCCGUGGCUCCUGUGGGGGCUCUAAGGGGUGCUGUGGCUCUGGCUGUGGGGGCUGUGGCUCCAGCUGCUGUGUGCCCGUCUGCUGUUGCAAGCCCAUGUGCUGCUGUGUGCCAGCCUGUUCCUGCUCCAGCUGUGGCUCCUGUGGGGGUUCUAAGGGGGGCUGUGGCUCCUGUAGCUGCUCCCAGUCCAGCUGCUGCAAGUCCUGCUGCUCCUCAGGCUGUGGGUCAUCCUGCUGCCAGUCCAGCUGCUGCAAGCCCUGCUGCUCCCAGUCCAGCUGCUGCAAGCCCUGCUGCUCCUCAGGCUGUGGGUCCUGUGGGUCCUGCUGCCAGUCCAGCUGCUGCAAGCCCUGCUGCUCCCAGUCCAGCUGCUGUGUCCCCGUGUGCUGCCAGUGCAAGAUCUGAUACUUGGCCCCAGACCUCAGAUGAAGGCCACGCUGUAUCUCAGGCCUGUGAUGCAGUUGUGAGCUGUGCUUCUCUGGAAUAGGACAGUCCCCGGAAUCAGGAACAGAGCUUCCCAGCUCAUGACACAUCUUUGCCCUAGAAAUCCACUCCCCCUGUGCUUCGCACCAUCACCACACUGGGAAUCCUGGGGUGAGCCAUUUCCUCUGCUGCUCAUCGCCAAGUUCACCCCACUUGCUGGGGCCAUACUGCCCUGCCCUUCCUUCUUCCUCAGAGAGCUCCCCUUUCCCCCGUGCACCCCGACCAGUGCUGGAGCUCAGGGAGGCCCAGGAGGCGCAGGCACUUGACCAGUUCCAGAUCUGUGGCCUCUCCCGUGGACCCCACUCUCCCACUGAAACGCUCCCUUUGUUAUUUCUUAUCUGCUAAAGUCCAGCUGGACCCUUAAUCCUCUAAAUAAACACGCACCCCCCA